AUGAUCUUGUCCUCUUUUCUGUUAUUUAUAAAAGCAAUUAAAGCAGCAGAGGAUAAUGUUCCAACCAUAAGAGUAACGAAAAUAGCCCAUUUGGAUAUAACAGUCAAUGGAGAGGCGCAGGGAACAGUAGACAUAGGUCUUUUCGGCGACCAAGUUCCAAAAACCGUGAAAAACUUCGAGACACUUUGCCAAGGACUCAAACGAGAAGGCGACGAGCAAGUUUACUCUUACAACGGGACGCGGAUUCACCGAGUCAACAAAAACUUCAUGCUCCAAGCUGGCGACAUCAUAAACGGCGACGGGACGGGCUCAAUUUCAAUCUACGGCGAUACUUUCGACGAUGAAAACUUCGACCUGAAACAUUACGACGAGCAGUGGGUUUCAAUGGCGAACAACGGGCCCAACACGAACGGAUGCCAGUUUUUCGUGCUUUACGACGAGGCGAGAUUCUUGGACAAUGAACACGUCGUGUUUGCAAAGGUCGUUUACGGUUGGGAUGUUCUUCUAAAAUUACAGCUUCAAGAGACGACCGUAGACCCGGAUUAUGCAGAAUACUUCGAUGCUUUUCCAGAGGAUUACGAUGAUGACGAUUUCGACUACCCUGUCAAUGAUAUCCGCAUCGACGAGUGCUAUCUUUCCAUUCCAGAAGAACCAAUCUACGUUCCUCUCAAACGACAUACACCAGAGCCAGUGCCAAUGGAAGGUUACAUGCCUGGCGAAGAAGAUGAAGUCUUUGAGGACGAGUUGAAAAGAGAUAUCGAUGAAGAUGAAAUAAGGAGACAUGACGAGCUUGAUUUUCCAGAGCUGUAUCAGGAAGAUGAGCCUGUCCAAGAAGGAACGGGUUUAUGUAAGCUGAUGGAACGAUUCCAACAUACAGAUUACUAA